UGUGUGCAGUUCCGCGGCGGGGGCCUGACGCUGGAAUGCGAAACUACAAGUUAUUUAGCCAAAACAAAAAAAUUGACAAACCUCGGCGCGCCAUUUCAGACAUAUCUCAACUCUCCUAGAGACUCAGCUAUGGUCUGAGCCAUGAGGGAGACGCUUAACAUAUGAUUUGUCUGUCAUCUCUGCACCUUCAGGGGAUGAGACGAGAUCGGGUAUUUCCGCAACUGCAGCUUUGGGCUCGUUGACUCUCUGUGUUGGCUCAGGAUGGCGCAGGGAGGCUCUCAGCUCGACUACCACAUCCUGCAGGACCUCAAGCAGCGUUUCCCAGAGAUCCCAGAAGGGGUAGUGUCACAGUGCCUUCUGCAGAACAACAACAACCUGGAUCUCUGCUGCCACCUGCUGGCUCAGGAGAGUAAUAGAUACCUGUAUGGAGAGUUCCAUCACAGUCCAGAGGAGGGACGACUUAGCCGAAACCACAUGCUACACAUUAGCCUGGGCUACCCAGGCUCAGAGGCAAGCAAGGCAAAUGGAGGAGCAGCAGGAGUAGGGCGCUCUCUAGUGCACAGCACUAGUGACAGUCACAUCGAACCCCAGCGACCCAGCUACCCUGAGCCCCUGUCAGCCCCUGCCACCAUGGCCCCCUCCCCGGGUUACAAUCCUUUCUUUAUGAACGAUCAGAGUCGCUCGGCCAGCACUCCCACUCCUCCACCCUCAAUGCAGGGCAUGUCUCCCACAUACUCCCCUGUCCCACGUUAUACUAUGAACCCUAUAACAGUCACACUUUCACAAAGUAUACCUACUGUCCCACAGGCUCUGCAGAUUCCUCCUGGGCACUACGCUAACAGCACCAACACCACCCUGUAUAUUCGACCCUCACCCUCCCAGAGCCCACAGCCAGCGCCUUGGUCAUCUUCAGGAGCGGCUGUCUAUCAGCAUCAGCAGUCCCCCUACAGUACUCCCACAUAUGGCUCACCUUACAGCUCCCCACAGCAUCAGGUCCAGCCCCAACCACAGCCCCAGCCACAGCCCCAGCCACAACCCCAGCACCAGCAAUAUGUCUUCCUUCCUAUUAGCUCCCCAACCAUUCCCAGCAUGCCCUACCAUCACCAGCAACAACCCCAGCAACAGCCAGCUGUUUACAGACCCUACCACACAAAAAGCUCCCUAAAGAACCAGAUAGAAAUUACCCUGGAGGGUCCAAGACCACGCAGCAACUCACCUGUGCAUACCCCUCACCCCCAAGGAGCGCUUUACAUGCCCACCAGCCCCUCGCCCAGCUCCCCUUCGAGGGGCAUCACUAUGAGUGGACCUCCAGGCCCUGCAGCCUUUCACCCUGGGAUGUACCUGCAGCACCAGGGCGCCACAAGGCCUCGGCCUGCCUCCUCUCCUCAACCAGGCCAAUCAGCCUACACUUUCAAAAUCAAAGUGUCCCCUGGAGGUCAGGCCCAGAGGCCGCCCAGCUCACCUCCUGUGGCCGAAGCUGAGUCUCUUCUCAACAUAGUAGACCAAGGGGAGCACAGUGCUGCCCCUGCACCCAUUUUACCCAUCUCCGCUCUACCAGGGAACAUUGCCAGUCAGUUUCACCAAAUGCCCCGACGUUCAAGCUCAGGCUCUGAUGACUAUGCCUACACACAAGCUCUCCUGCUCCACCAGCGGGCCAGGAUGGAGCGUCUAAUGAAGGAGUUGAUGCUGGAGAAGCAGAAACUAGAGCAGCUCAAGGCUGAUGUCAACAACAUGGAAUAUGAUGCCCUUCAAAGACGCUUUCGACGAGUCAAUUCGACCAGUCUUAUACCCAGACCUGAAGAGAUGACCCGAUUGCGGAGUCUGAACAGACAGCUUCAGAUUGAUAUCGACUGUACCCUGAAGGAGACAGAUCUACUGCAGUCUAGAGGGAAGUUUGACCCAAAAGCAAUCAACAACUUUUAUGACAACAUUGAGCCUGGUCCAGUUGUGCCGCCUAAACCUGGAAGGAAAGAAGGGGAGCAGAGCUCCAAGCCAGUGCCAGGGCCUCAGAGGGAUGAGGACUUUGAAGGCGCCCAGUGGAACUGUGAAAGCUGCACCUUCCUCAACCACCCUGCACUCAACCGCUGUGAACAGUGCGAGAUGCCGCGCUACACCUGAGCUUAGCUCUGUGCUGUAUUGCCCACCCCUGCCCCAUCCCUCGCCAAUCCUUGGAUACUAUAAGCCACACCCCUCCAGAAUCUGCAGAAUCUGUCUAGAGGUCUUCCCUUGUCAAUCAAUAUAUAAGCCCCUCUUACCUGCUGAGGAAGAGCCACUAUCCCUUUCUGCCGACUUGUCCUGUUCCCAUCCACUACUCCUGUGCACUUUGACCCUUGUUUCUGUUGGCGGAUGAUGAAUCUUUUCCUGGACAGUUGGAGACUCUUCUCAUGGCAAAUGUAUAAAAGAGGGAGUGACAUGCUGCGACUCUGGCAGUGGUUGGGACGGGGCUUCAGAAAGGUCAAAGCAAUUGAGGUUUGAGGAGGAGCUAUGGUUUACCUAGCUAACAUUCCACGCAGAAUGAGUGACUGCCCUGUUUACACAACUGCGCCCAUUCCUGAACUGAAAAUGGAGGAACUUCCACUUUAACCCAGGACCUGUAACUCCCUCUCUGACAGUGGAACAGUGAAAGCAAUGGUAUAUAAGUUCUGACUAAUGCGAAAUGUAGACUGUACACUGUAUCUGGCUCUGUAUUAGAGCUCAUUUCACUGAAAGAAGAACACUAAAGAGACUUGCAUACAAGUAUAUUCCUGGUACUUUUAUGCAUAUUAUGCCACCCUGUAUUAUGUGUUCAAAAGAUGUCGAUUUCCUGUGCAAAUGCCUCAACUUGCUGUACUUAAUAAAGGAGCUGAUUCUAUGUGA